AUGCGAUUGCUACAUACAGAAAACUUGAGCUUUGAAGAAUUUACAAACACAAACUUGCCUCGGUAUGCCAUCCUCUCCCAUACUUGGGGUAGAGAUGAGGCAACCUUUGAAGAUUUAUCCCAUCCUUCUUGGAACACCAAGGAGGGAAAUGGAUUUGAAAAAAUAAGGAGGUCUUGCAGGCUAGCGCAAGAGGAUCGGAUAGACUACAUUUGGAUUGAUACAUGCUGCAUUGACAAGACUAGCAGCACCGAGCUCACGGAAGCCAUCAACUCCAUGUUUCGCUGGUAUUCGGCGUCCGAAGUGUGUUACGCUUAUCUGUCGGAUUGGAGUCCGGGCGCAGAAUUUACCGAGCUUUCAAAAUGUCAAUGGUUCAGACGGGGCUGGACUUUACAAGAAUUGAUCGCUCCUCGCGACGUCAGGUUCUAUGACCACGAUUGGCAUUUCCGAGCAACGAAGCUACAGAACGCUAGCAUGAUCAACUCCAUAACGCGCAUCGAUAUGGAUGUUCUUCGAAGUCCAAAGGCUAUCGCCACAGCUUCGGUAGCGAACAGGAUGUCCUGGGCAGCUGAUCGACAAACCACACGAGAAGAAGACGUUGCCUACUGCCUCCUCGGGGUUUUUGAUGUUCAUAUGCCGAUGAUGUAUGGGGAGGGAAAGAGGGCAGCAUUUGUCAGGCUACAGGAAGAGAUUAUCAAGCAAACCAACGAUCUAACGCUGUUUGCCUGGCAAGCAACCCCAGCCUCCGAACCGGGUCGCUUGGCCUCCGAAUUGUGUGGCAUUCUCGCACAUUCCCCGGCUGACUUCUCGAAAGCAAACGACAUCGAACCGAGCUACGAUAAGAAAUUCAACCCGGAGUUUAGCAUGACUAACAAGGGCUUGCGAAUUAGUAUGCCUCUUAAACUGAGCCAAGAGGGUAGAUCUACCAUGAUGUUGAACUGUUACCGGAAGACAUGCCCAGAUCAGCAAAUUGGUAUCCACCUCGAAAAACACGGACCGGACCUGUUUGCCAGAAUUAGGCCACACGAGUUAGCUGAUAAGGCUCCCCGAGGUAUGGACAGGCCAAGCCCCGUAUACAUUAGCAAGGAAAUCUACAGCGUUUCCCGCCACGCAUUCCGAUUGCAAAUGUCCCUAACCUCAAGGGUUAAGCGUACUGCUACUUACCCUGAAGACCUUUGGGAUAAGGGACAUCAGCUCCAUUUUACAGAUGGCCGCGAAACCUUUGUUGGGUAUCAUCAUUUUUACGUACUCAAUGGACGGAACCAGCUCGAUGUCCAACGGACCAGGUCUUUUAUUGGGUGUCCCCGUGUCCCAGACCAUACUGGGCAAGAUGAAUUCGUGGUCGUGUUCGGUAUCACACGUAGCGAAAGAACAUGGGCACGCAUUGCGGACAGGUCAUCCAACCCCCAUGUAUUUGAGGCGAUUGAAAAACGGGACAUGGUGAGGCUUUUCGAGGAGGGACCCAGGCUUCAAGAGUCAAAGAUAAGUCUCUGUAGGUACACCCGUGGUGAUAUGGUGUACUGGGAAUCCUUCUCUAUACAGUACAGACCAAAACAAGGUAGCCUGAAACACCAUAUCGAUAUUAAAUGUGAGCCUCGUUGUCGGAGAAGACCUGAAAGAAUCCCGGCAGUUGUGGGAGCUGCGGGUGUUGGUGUGGUCGCCCUAUACACGUAUGUUGCAACGCUCGGUCUGGCGUCACUCUGUGAAUAUUUGGUUGCAAUCUAA